AAAGAUUAAGGUCUUAGAGUGUUAUUACUUUUUGACUAUUGGGACGCCCGGAAAGUUCGUGCCGAUAUUCGAUAGGUGGUAUUAGGACAUGUCUGAAUAUAUUAGAAUGAUUGAAAACUAAUGACAUGUGUACAUAUCCUAAAAGGUGAUGUUUCAAACACCUUUAGAAAAAAAUUUGAUUAGGAUACAUUAACUUUUGUUAGUUUUAGCGCUCUUAAAUAUGGAAGGAAACAAAGUGCAUUGUAAGCAUUUGAUGCUUUUCUUCUACCGGAAAGGCAAAAAUGCCACACAAACAGCAAACAAGAUAUGCGCUGUUUAUGGUGACGAUGCUAUAGUUGACAGAACUGUGCGGAAAUGGUUUGCUAGGUUUAAAGUUGGUGAUUUCAACCUUGAAGAUCAAGAACGCCCGGGUAGGCCCUCCACCACUGAUGAAGAUCAGGUCAAAACACUAGUCGAGAAUAAUCCAUGCUAUACGAUACGUGAAUUAGCAAAAAUAUUAAAAAUAUCAAGGUCCACCACCCAUGAGCAUUUUGUGAAGCUUGGCUAUAUAAACCGUUUUGAUGUAUGGAUUCUUCACGAUUUAAUGGAAAGAAAUCUACUAAUGGAUCGCAUUUCCAUUUGCAACUCGCUCUAUAAACACAAUGAGGAGACAUCAUUUUUGAAGCAAGUAGCGACGGGGAAUGAAAAAUGGAUUAUUUAUAACAAUGUUGAGAAGAAAAGAUCUCGGGGAUGGCGGAAUGAAUCACCUUUAGCCAUCCCAGAAGCCAGUCUUCAUCCGAAAAGGUCAUGCUCUGUGUCUGAUGAAGGGAAUCUUGUAUUAUGAGCUUCUACCAAGCAACCAAACGAUAAAUUCGGAAAAGUGUUACUCGCAAUUAGACGAGUUAAAGACAGCAAUUGAAGAAAAACGUUCAGAACUAACAAAUCAGAAGGGCGUCGUGUUUCAUCGGGACAAAACGCGGCCUCAUGUAUCUCUAACUACUCGACAAAAGCUGUUGGAGCUUGGUUGGAAUGUGCUAACCCACCCACCAUAUUCACCAGACAUUGCACCCUCAGAUUUUCACCUAUUUAGGUCAUUACAAAAUUCCCUUAAUGGUAAAAACUUUACCUCUUUGGUCAACAUAAAAAAUCAUAUUGAAAAUUUUUUCACCGAAAAAUCUGAAAGGUUCUGGGAGGAUAGAAUAUUCAAGUUGCAUGAAAGAUCGAGAAAGGUUGUGGAACAAAAUGGCACCUAUAUAAUUCAAUAAAUGUAUAUUGAAAUUUAAAUGUGCUGUGUUUAAAUCUUCCUUAAAAAUCGGAACAAACUUUCCGAGAGACUCAAUAUAUAAAUUGUUUGAU